UUGAACCAGGGAGUCGAAUGUACGAGUCUCGUAUUUCGUUUGGAAUAUUCAUUGCGUCUUUUCAUCGAAGCCGCAGAGUUUUAUCAGCAGACCAUACCCCAUAGACAUAGGCUAGCUAUUGCCUUGGUCGGGGAAGGUCAGACCGUUCGAGCUAGCAAGAUGCCAUCAAAAGAACGAAUGAGUACACGAUGUUCUUCCAUUCUCUCCUUGGUUUUGAUUUCAUUGAUAUGCGCCAGCAGUGUCGUGUCAGUGUGUGCUGCAAAUGAGGAAAAAUCCGACGAAGACGUGAAAUCUAGCAAUGGUGCGAGCGCAGUCCAUCCAAAUGUGCUCUUCUUCGGCGUGGAUGAUCUACGCCCGGAGCUGGCUAGCUAUGGAUUCGACUUCAUGCACACUCCGAGCGUUACAAGACUUGCAGAGCGUGGUACUCAAUUCAACAAUGCGUAUUGCCAGUUAGCCGUCUGUAGCCCAUCUCGCACCAGCCUCCUGACCGGUCGCCGUCCGGACACAACGCGCAUCUGGACCAUUGGACCUUACUUUCGCAACACCAUGCCGGAUGGACCGAAGAUCAAGACCAUGCCGCAGUGGUUUAAGGAACACGGUUAUAACACUACAGGUAUUGGCAAGAUUUUCCAUCCUGGUUCAUCGUCUGGCGGUCCCACCAAGGAUGAGGGUGGCGGCGACAUGCCCUACUCAUGGUCGCAGCCGUACUUCUUCUGCGACCAGUUCACCAACGACACAGUGCAGAGUACGGCCAUGCAGCAUUUCCCCAACGGCACUGGCUGUGUGCAGAGCGAAGAGUGCAUUGAAUGUUUCCAGAAGGCUGGUACUUGGGGUCAUCCGAUCUCCCUGGCGGUGACGGACUGUCCGGACGUGUGCUAUCCUGAGGGCCUGAUCAGCAACGAAGCCGUACGCCGACUCAACUACUACGGCCAGCUGCAGAGGCAGGCAGAAGAAGCAGGGACCGGGGGUCAACCGUUCUUCCUGGCGGUGGGAUUCAAACGGCCUCACCUGGCGUUCAAAGCACCCCGCAAGUACUUUGAUCUCUACCCGAACAGCACGAUCAAGCUGGCGAAGUUCAAGCAACGGCCCAAAGGUGUGCCUGACGUGGCCAUGUAUAUGAGCGGUGAGAUUCGCGGUUAUCCGGACGUCCACCCGUUGCUGAACGUCAGUGCCAGCUGUGAAACGGACAUGCCGGAUUGGAAGGCACUGGAGCUGCGGCAGGCCUACUACAGCUCUGUUAGUCUCACGGAUGCUCACCUGGGAUUGGUGUUGGAUGCUCUGGACUCAAACGGUCUUGCCAACAACACCAUCAUCGUGUUCUGGGGAGAUCACGGCUAUCAGCUUGGGGAGCACAGUGAAUGGGGAAAGUGUACCAACUUUGAGCUGGGCACACACGUACCACUGUUGAUCAGCGCUCCCAGCCAGAAGCAGCGCAACACGAAGAGUUCGGCCAUGGUGGAGCUAGUCGAUCUGUUCCCCACUCUGACAGAGCUAGCCGGGCUACCUCAAGCACCAGACAUGGAAGGGUUCAGCUUGGUGCCGAUUCUGGACGACCCGACACAGACUGUCAAGGAUGCGGCCAUGUCGCAGUUUGCGCGGGAAGGCGUUUGCGGAAAGAAGAGGACACCGUUGGAGGAAUCGCCGAUGGGCUACACGAUACGCACUGCAGAAUUCCGCUACACCGAGUGGGUGAAAUUCAACUACUCGCUGGCAGAUCCCAAGCCGAUCUGGUCCGAGAAUCAUGGCACUGAGUUGUAUCUUCAUACUGGCGACGCGGAGAGUAGCAUGGACGAUUUCGAAAAUGAGAACCUCGCCGAGGAUACCAAGUAUGCCGACACUGUGAAAUCCCUGCAUGAGAAGCUGGUCACGAUGGUGGAGAAUAAACAGUAGAAGUGGAGGAGGCUUCGUCCAGUGACUUCAACGGUACCAUUCACACAGUGUGACAAUCCUUAAUGGCAUAAUAAUUGUUUUUCUUACAUAAUAUUUCAACGUUUAAAUCGCCCAAAUAUGCCAUCAAGCUCUUCAAGCACGCCUGGUUUAGUAGGCGCGUGUAAUUGCCUCAAGCAAUGCCGACCAUUUCCCUCAGGGUCUGCAGAUUCCACUGUAGCCACUCUAUCUCUCACACACAGUUAUACACCACUACCCAAGACGGUCUCUUUGAUGGGCCUGGCCUGACAUUUUGGAUUGCACUGUAUUUUUAUGUCAGGAAUUGUGUGUUGCUCCCUACGUGUGAGCUUGGGCUAUUCCUGCUGACUUGAAACACCGGGAGCAACACGCACUUCCCUAAGUAUCGCCGAAGUCGCACCAACCUCUUCUUCACAUUUUUAAAUGUCAUUUGGAAGAAUUGUGCACUGACGAGACAGAUACAUUACUGGA